UUCGCCCUUGUCUCCCAUCUCAUCUCCCGAGCUUUUCCCCAUUUCCCUUCCCAGCGCCCUCCUCCUCCUCCUGCACAACUGGUCCCUCGGUUUUAAUUGUCCCCCCCUCUCUCUUGCCUGCUGGUCCUCCAGCCAUCUGGCACUUUGCCCUCUCCGGUUUUAUCCACCUGUGCGUCUCUCGCUUCGCCCCUCUAGGUGUGCACCCGAUAGCCAUAGCUCCGCUAUCCGUGCGCCUUGAACUCUUGGGAAAACAAGAUCCCAUAGUUGGAGAAACUUCAGCCGCUAGGUUUGCGGUGAGCAUCGCAUCCACGCCCCGCGACCGACACCUGUGUGGGGUUGGGCCAGGUGACUGCGCUUUGCGAGAUGGGCUGCUCCAGUAGCUCCCUCAACAAGGCGGGCGACAGCAGCAGGUUCGGCAGCGGAGUACCUUCGAAUGAGAAUUCUUCCACUGUAGAACAAAACAAGUUCUGUGUGGCUCAACCCAAACCAUGUACACCAGGAGAAGCUACCUUUCGUGGCAACACACAGAGGGAAAGCCGUCCUCCACUAGAGAGACCCAAGGCUUCAGUGGUGCCUACAGCCAAUGGUGUUAAAUCCUACUGCCAACAAUCUCUGGCAAACGAUGAGACCCCUGCAAAGGAAGCCACAGAUCACUCAAGACCCCUGAAGAAGAUUGAGCCUCUAGUGCAAGGGGGAGAAUGUGAACUACCUCAGCCAGGAGGAAAAGACGACAUGCUGGGAACUGAGGAUGUGAAGAAAGAUGUGGAAGCAAGGACAGAGAUCCAGUCUUUAAAAGGAAAUGCUGAGAUGGAGCCUCUGAGGAUAUCAGCAGAGAGGGACUCCCCUGGAGCAGGGGACGACACCAAGCUUCCACAGUCUGGGACGACGACAUUUCUCCAAACAGCUGAGAACAUUCUGCCUCUGGAAACAGCUCAGGAGCUAUUGCUUGCUGAAGAAGCAAUGAGAAAGGAUGCCCAGCCUCAGAUUCUAGAAGCAAUUCCCAAAGAGAACAGCUCUCCAGAAAUAUUGGAAGGAUAUCAGUUGGUGGAAAAAGUUGAGCAAAAGGAUCUUCAAGAGAUCCCGAGAAAGGACGUGGAGUUCCAACUUCUGGAAACAAUUCCCAAAGAGAACAGUUCUCCAGAAAUAGUGGAAGGGAGCCAAUCUGCAGAAAACAGUGAAAAGCAGCAGCUUUCAGAAGCACCAGGUGAAGCUGAGCAGCCCCAAGUUCUAGAAACAGUUCUCAAAGAGAAUGAAACACCACAGAUGCCAGACAGAAGCCAGCUCGUGCCAACACCUGUGAUGAACAAGUCACUCGGUGAAGCUCCUGAUGGUAGCAGAAAUGCCCACGAGUCUCAGCCUCAAGUAAGAGGUGGUAACGGGGUGCAGCCAGCUGAGACUUCAGAGACAGCAGCAAAGGUGGGAAUGGCCAGAGAAAGCCACCCUGAUAAAGAGGAGCAACACAUUGAAGGUGAGACAGGAGAAAAGGUGGAAGCAGAGAUGAAAAAUGAGAAAGAAAGUGAAGAAGCUGAAACCAAAGAAAAAGAAACGGGAGAAGCUGUGGAUCUUGGAGCAGCAGGGGCCAGCGACAGAAGGGCUUAGUAUGCAGUGUUACACCAGAGGGCAGGGAUAUAUGAGGCUGGGAGGGUGGGCAACACCUUUCUGUGGCCUUGUGGUUUAGCUUUAGAGUGACUGUAGGUACCCAGAGAAUGAUGCUGGUUUUUUUUUUUUUCCAUGAUGUAAAACUGCUAAGCUAGGUACUUAAGAUAAUUAUGAAUUCAAAGUGACAGUAUCCAGAGCCAAUCAAAACUGUAAGAUCACUUAAGAGCAUGAAGGCUAUUUUCUUCCUCGUAACCAUAGGUUCAUUCAGGAUAAAAUCAGACCCUAAAAGGAAAGAUAAACUUUUAAAUGUAGGUGGCUGGAGAGAGAGGACCUAGCAAAUUUUAAGGAGCUCAUAAGAGAGUUGUGCAAUUAUAAUAGUGAUGGAACAAAAUUAAAUACCCCCAGAACACAGGAUGAACUAUACCUAAUAUUUCUGUUCUGUAAUACAAAUUAGACUGAAGGGAACCUUAGGGAACCUGUAUUUUAAUUACUUUCUCUCCUGAAAUAUAUCUACUGCCACAAAUCACUGUGACCCAUGGCAUACUAAACAUUAACAGAAAUUUCCAGAGGGCUGCAAACUGGGGCACUGUUGUGAGGUUUGGGAUUUUUCACAGUCAAAGAGCCCACAUGUUCCAUGUGC